AUGAAAUUUAAGGUCGACAACGAGAAUUCCCGGGAGAUUUACCGCUACUAUAAUUACUUCGGUGCUCUUGAUAGGAGAGAAAUCAAAGAUAUUAUCCCUAAAAUAGCCGAUUUUGGGCUCGCUAUAAGACUAGACAAACUAUCUACCCGAAACGGAAUAUUAGGAGAGCGACUUACUCCCAGAGAAGAGGAAGACAGCUCGCGAACUAAUAUAUCACCCAUUCCUCAAACUUAG